AUGGCAACCCAUAUCACCCCCCAAGCCAGCCAGGCCAAUGCCACAAUCCCCUCGGCAUUCGCUGUAUACAACACCAGCUUUCUAGACAUAAUCGGCCAUACCCCCAAACUAGACCUACUCGUGGAAAACAAUGACUACCCCUUCGCCCACGAAGCAAGCGUCUAUAUCCCAACCACAGACGAGCUCUUCAUGUCCAGCAACAUGUUCACAGACCCAACAACCAACCAAAAAACAAUCAAAAUCUCAAAGGUCAGCUUGAACAAGUACCCGCUCACAGCCGAGAUCGUCAACACCACCGUGUCCAUGGCAAACGGCGGCAUCAAUCACAACAACGGCAUCCUCUGGACUGCCCAGGGUGGUCUCAAUGAUACGGGUGGUCUAGUCCAGAUGUCUGUUACACCGCCGUACAAGACGGAGAUGCUUCUGGAUUCCUUCUACGGACGCCAGUUCAAUUCGCUGAACGAUGUCGCCGUGCAUGAUGAUGGGUCGAUCUGGUUUACGGAUCCUAUUUAUGGGUAUGUCCAGGGGAUUCGGCCGAAGCCUAAGUUGCCCAGUCAGGUUUAUCGGUUUGAUCCUGUUACUGGGGAUGUGAGGGUUGUUGCUGAUGGGUUUGGACGGCCUAAUGGGAUUAGUUUCUCACCUGAUCAGAUGAUUGUUUAUAUCACUGAUACAGCGGAGACCGUUGGUGAUGGGUCCAAGGAUUAUUCUUUGCCUGCUACUAUCUACGCGUUUGAUGUUACUACCUCCCACGGCCAGCCCUUCUUGACUAACCGCCGUGUCUUUGCUAUGCCUGGUGUUGGUAUUCCCGAUGGUAUCAAGGUCGAUACCAAGGGCAAUGUCUAUGCUGGAUGUGGCGAUGGCGUCAACGUGUGGUCUCCCGGUGGUGUUCUGCUUGGCAAGAUUCUUGUCAAAAAUGGCACUUCUAACUUCUCGUUUGGUCUUAAUGGCCGCAUGUUUAUUCUCAACGAGAAUAAGCUUUACUCUGCGCAGCUGAACCGUAAGGUUCAGGGUACCCUUGUGAAGGCGUGA